UAGGGUUGUUUUCCCCGGCCCUGUCCUCGCUUCUUCCCAGCCAGCCACGAGCCACCUCCCACAAACCGAUGCUAGCUUUGACUGCCCUGAUCAGAAGAAUCUAGCUAGCGACCAGACCGCCACUGCCAUCUCUUCCAAAUCAAACCACUGAUCGAUAAAAAUACACGAGCUCCAUCUCCACAAUGGCUUCGGCGAACAACUGGCUGGGCUUCUCGCUCUCCGGCCAAGGGAGCCACCCGCAGCCCCACCAGAACGGCUCACCCGCCGCCGCCGCCAUCGACAGCGACUUCUAUGGCCUGCAAGCCCAGACGGCGCCGGAUGCGCACCUCGGCAUGUCUGGCCUCCGGGCCGACGCCAACUACGGCGUCAUGGAUGCCUUCAACGGAGGCACCCAGGAAACCCAAGAUUGGGCAAUGAGGGGUUUGGACUACCACGGCGGCUCCUCCGAGCUGUCGAUGCUAGUUGGCUCGAGCGGCGGGAGGAUGACGGUGGACGACGGCGAGGCGCCGAAGCUCGAGGACUUCCUCGGCGGCAACUCUUUCUCCGACGUGCAGGAUCACGCAGGCAGCUACCUGUUCUCGUCCGGAAGCGCGAUGGGCAGCGGCGCGGCGUCUGGUUCGCACGGCGUCGAUGGCCGUGGCGGCAGCACCAUAGAGCUGUCCAUGAUCAAGACUUGGCUCCGGAACGACAAUAACGAGGCGCAGCAUGACCAGGAGAUGAGCGCCGACGCGAGCGCGACCAGCUAUGCGUGCUCCGGCGCGCCAGGGAGCACUAGCAACGGCGUGGGCGUGGCGAGCUCGCGUGGGCAGGGCCUAGCGCUCUCCAUGAGCAUGGGGUCGAACUCGCACCCGCAGAUGCCGGUGGUCCCGGCGGCGGUGGGGACGGAGAGCACGUCGUCGGAGAACAAGCGGGUGGAUUCGCCGAGCGCCGGCACGGCAGACGCCGUCCAGAGGAAAUCCAUCGACACCUUCGGCCAAAGGACCUCGAUCUACCGAGGUGUAACAAGGCAUAGAUGGACAGGGCGGUAUGAGGCGCAUCUGUGGGACAAUAGUUGCAGGAGGGAGGGGCAGACUCGCAAGGGGAAACAAGUUUAUCUGGGCGGUUAUGACAAAGAAGACAAGGCAGCUAGGGCUUAUGAUCUGGCAGCUCUAAAAUAUUGGGGCACAACCACAACAACAAAUAUCCCAAUAAGUACUUAUGAGAAGGAGAUAGAGGAAAUGAAACAUAUGACCAGGCAGGAGUACAUUGCAUAUCUUAGGAGGAAUAGUAGUGGGUUUUCUCGUGGCGCAUCAAAAUAUCGCGGCGUAACCAGGCAUCAUCAGCAAGGAAGAUGGCAAGCAAGGAUAGGGAGGGUCGCGGGCAACAAGGAUCUCUACCUCGGCACCUUCACGACCGAGGAGGAGGCCGCGGAGGCGUACGACAUCGCCGCCAUCAAGUUCCGCGGGCUCAACGCCGUCACCAACUUCGAGAUGAGCCGCUACGACGUCAAGAGCAUCCUGGAGGGCAGCACGCUGCCGGUCGGCGGCGCGGCCAGGCGCCUCAAGGAGGCGGCCGAGCUCGCCGAGGCCGGCGUGUGGCGGGCGGAGGACGGCAGCAUCGUCUCGCACCUGCAGGCCGACGCCAUGGCCGGGUGCCACCACGGCUGGCCGACGUCCAUCGCCUUCGGCAGCCACCAGCAGCAGCAGUCCGCGGCGCAGCUCGCCCUGCACUACCCGUACGGCGUUGGCGGGCAGGCCCGCGGGUGGUGUAAGCCGGAGCAGGACGCGGUGAUCGCGGCCGGGCACGGCGGGCAGAACAUGCAGGAGCUGCACCUGGGGAGCGGAGGCAGCACCCACAACUUCUUCCAGCCGGCGUCGAGGACCGCGGUCUACGGCAACGGCGGUGGCGGCGCCUGGUACCAAGGCCUCGGAGGCAACGCGUACAUGAUGCCGGUGGGCACGGUGGUGGACGCCGACCAGGGGCACAGCGGCAGCACGGCGACGACGGAGGAGGGGAGGCUCGUGGGCUACGGCGGCGAGGCUGGCGUCGACCCGUACGCGGCCAUGAGGCGCGCCUACGAGCUCUCCCAGGGCUCGUCGUCCGUGAGCGUCGCCAAGGUGGCGGACGGCUACUCCAACAACUGGAGCUCGCCGUUCAAUGGCAUGGGGUGAUCGCCCCCCCUACGUUCGUGCUACUAAUCAACUUCCACGCACUUGUUGUAACGUACGUUGUGCGCACGAGUAACCGGAGACCAAUUAAGUUCUGUAAUUUUAGGAUAGUCUAGAGCAGUGCAUGAGCACGAGCGGUGCCUUCUGAAAGGUAGUAAUGGCCAGCGAUCGGUGAAGUAGGAGGAGUCGUUGUAAAUCACCAUCGCUGCGCCGUUAAUUUUGGGGAUUUCAGAAGGGGAAAUCAAGCUAAUCUAUCAAACAAACUUCCAUGGCGCCUACUUCAUUCAAUUGG